GAGGGCCUCUGCUUUAAAUAAAGCAGCAUUAGUGUUUGAACAGUACAGGUGUGUGAAUCCCAAACGGUUCCUGAAUAGAAGUAUUAAUUUACAGAGAAUAUUGUAAUUUAUGAUAUUGAAUGAUCCUUUCUAGUUUCUCACGGAUUGAUGUCAACUUUUGUUCGGGCUCCUUUGAUGACUCCUCAGUUGGAAGACAUGAAACAUGGUUUUAGGUUUGAGAUUAAAGCUGCUUUGAUGGGUUGGGAAUACAUUAACAGGGCACAAUGCAACGGAAACAGCCUUUUUUGUGGUUUCAUCGCAUAAUCUGCAUGUUUUCCCCCUCAAAGGUCCAAACAUCAAUUGAACUCCUUAAUUAUGUUCCUUAUUUAAGCACUCAUUAAUAUGGACAAAUUCAGACAUGUAUCAAAAUCUGAAUACAUGUUCCGAAGCAUGUGUGAUGCUUCUGGUUUUGUGCAUUUUUAAUGCAAUUAUGAGGAAUUAAUUGUAUUAUGUCGAAAGAAGCACUAGUCAGUUCAUCAUGUCGUAACAUGUAGUAGAGCCUCUUCAAAAUAUGUUCAUGAAUGUCAUCCAACACAUAUUUAACACGUACUUUAACAAGUGUAAUUUUUUUAUUUUUAUAAUUUAAUCACCCUUGAGUUGUUCCAAACCUAAAUGACUAAAAGACAGAAGAUACUUUAAAGAAUGCUGGUUACCAAACACUUCACAGCAUCUGUUGACUUUAACGGUGUUGAAAAUGCGUUUGUGUCGAACAGAAGAAAGAAAUUCAUAUGGGUUAGGAGCGACAUGCGUCAUUUGUCAAAAUAGCAAUCAUUUUUAAUUAUUGCGUGGCUGAUCUGAUAGUAAGGAAAUGACAAUUUGUUAGUUGUAGCUACGUGAUGGAAAUUCCAGAUUGGCACCUCUGGCCCCCUAUUGUCCCCGAUCUUUUCACCACUGAGCUCUUUUUUUCCCCUCUCUGUCCAUGUGUCUCAAUCAAAACACACACAGGAGGGCUUUGUGUAGCUGUGCCUGCGAGUGUGAACACAGAAGCUGCUUCUGAAAUGGCGUACUGAGCAGGCACUACAUCUGAUUUGGAACUUACUUCACAGCCGUUAAGAAAGGGAUGUUCUAUAUAAUAUGAAGAUAAUCUGGAUUUGUCAUGUUGUCGUCUGAUUUACCGGCGAGAGUUGUGUCAGCACCUCUUCUGUGGCAUUAAGGAACAGUAAAGUAUCCAGCAAAUGCACUUAUCGGAAUCUCACCAGAAGAAAGUUAUCCUGGUACUAAUAUUUUUGUGAAUACUACUGAAUAAUUCGGGCAUACAGCUCCUUUCACAUACUGCUUUCUCCUUACUGUAUAGUAGGCAUAUCGGAUGUUGUGAGGAAAGGCAUAGUGAAAGAGUAAUUAAGUAAGAAUUACUUUACUUAAUUCUACUUUAAUAAUACCUGCAUUUAGAGCCCUGUACAUGCAGCAGGGCUUUUCUUACCCAGGGGCCGCUGAUAUCCCAUGUGUUUAGUGUUUAUCUUGUGUGAAGAUCGGGGCAGGAUCAGUAGAAAUGGCCCCUGUGGACGACGCUUAACGCUUAGUCAGUGCUUCUGUGCCAUGGGGCGUGAAAGGAGUCACACAGUUGAUGUAAACGGGAAUCCUUUGCUUUAGUCCCUACUGUUUAAAUUGGAGACUUAAGGACCACUAAAAAAGGCACGGCUUAGGAUCUCUGUGCAGGCUAAUCUCAGAAAGAAGACUGUGGAGUGAGUCAGAGGCUCCAAAGAUACGCACCGAGGUGAACAAACGAGAGGGAGUGGCUGGUUUCCAUGUAGGACCCCAUUUCUGAAUGAUGUUAAAUGAGCGGAAGCGCUGUACAAGAAGCCAGGGCUGUGAGUAACGUGGAGCCUUGUUAUAGCAGCCAGGCAACAAUCACAGCCCUCAUCACUCUCAACGCUGAUCCGAGGGCUAUUUUUAUCGCCGAGACAACGCACCAAUUAAAUCGGGCAUAUCUGAUGAUGUUCAGGGAGAUGCAGGACUGAGGGGAAGGAACGGCACUGUGCACCGGGCCGCUUGGGUGAAGCAGGCGACCCGAAACAUCUACUGCUUCAUACUUUGAUAUGUGUAUAAGCUCGGGUUGAGAUGUGGCGAUAAUGAACUAAUUUCGGAAAUUGACGCAGACGUACAGGACAACAUGUGAAGGUGGUUUUAGUUCCAGGUCUCCUGCCAUGAGCUAAGCCCCCCAGUGGCCUGUGGCAGGAUGACUGCUGUGUACCCUGCUGGGGGGGGCUCCCUCGGGGUCUCAGAAGUGGUCACGGCUCCCCAGCGUUACGCGCGAUGGAGCCGACAAGACAGCUCCGACAUCUGCACGGAUGACGAGGGGACUCAGCCGCGCCGCCUCACCCCUCUGGAGAAGCUCAAUCUGGACAUGUGCCAAGAUGAGAAGAUGGUGAGGGAGCUCACCGUGGGUCGCAGAAUAGGCUUCUACAAGAUACGCGGCGAGAUCGGCUGUGGAAACUUUUCCCAUGUCAAGCUGGGCAUCCAUGCUCUGACGAAAGACAAAGUAGCCAUCAAGAUCUUGGACAAAACCAAGCUCGAUCAGAAGACGCAAAGGCUGCUGUCCCGGGAGAUAUCGAGCAUGGAAAAGCUGCACCAUCCAAACAUCAUCCGUCUGUACGAGGUGGUGGAGACGCUGACCCGCCUGCACCUGGUCAUGGAGUACGCAAGCGGAGGAGAGCUCUACACGAAGAUCAGCACAGAGGGGAAGCUCUCCGACAUCGACAGCAAGAUUGUCUUCUCUCAGGUUCUCUCAGCUGUGAAGCAUAUGCACGACAAUAGCAUCAUUCACAGAGACCUGAAAGCGGAGAAUGUUUUUUACACCUGUAGCACCUGUGUUAAAGUAGGAGACUUUGGCUUCAGCACCGUGAGCCGCCGCGAUGAGACCCUCAACACCUUCUGUGGUUCUCCCCCUUACGCCGCUCCCGAGCUCUUCAGGGACGAGCACUACAUAGGCGCUUGCGUAGACAUCUGGGCCCUGGGAGUCAUGCUCUUCUUCAUGGUGACCGGCACCAUGCCUUUCCGUGCGGAAACGGUGGCCAAGCUGAAGCGCUGCAUCCUGGACGGGACGUACACAGUGCCUACCUGGGUGCCGGAACCUUGCCAGAAACUGAUCCGGGGCAUCCUGCAACCCCAGCCGUCUGACCGCUACACCGUAGAGCAGAUGAUGGGCUGCGAGUGGCUGCUGCCGGUGGAGUUUCCCAAGGCCAUGGAGCCCUUCAAACUGGACCCGCUCCAUCUGGCUGAGUCAAAGCCAGGGGAGCUUGAAGAGCAUGAGAUAGAGGUGAGGAACGCCCUGGAGGCUCUUGGCAUCACCGCAGACCACAUUCGUAACAACCAGGGAAAAGACUGCAGGAGCUCGAUCACUGGAGUCUAUCGAAUCCUCUUACACCGCGCACAUAAACGGCAAGCGGUGGAGAGCAUGCCAGUAGUUACUCACGUAGUGAAUGGAACCGAUGCUAAAAAGGACCGUCUGAAGACAUACAGGAGCCUUAGGCAUACGUCUAAACUCUGCAUUAUUCUGUGAUGCUCAGAAAACGUUUAAAUAAUAAUGGACAGGAGCUAUAGUUCAGCUAGUUAUAUUUGAUAUACCUCUUUUGUUAUCUUUUUUCAAUUGAAAAUGAGAUCAGUGAUUGCUUCUAAUAAAGUAGUCUAUAUGAGUGAAUGGAAAGUAUGAACGUUUGAAAGCGAGCGAGUACAAGACUUUUGUCUUAAUGUCAUGGAUGUCAUGUUAUAAAUGUAUUCAAUAAAUGUAAUAAAGUACUUUGGACUGCAUUGUUUCAAACAUU